AUGUCCGUGAAAAAGGAGAGAAUCCUCUUCCUCCCCAUCUCCCUUCAGAUCAAUAUCCAGGAAGUCCAUUCUCUUGGGGGACAGGGGGAGGGCGUGCUGGAGAAGCGCAGCGGAGGGCUGCUGCAGCUGUGGAAGCGGAAGCGCUGCGUGCUCACCGAGCGCGGGCUGCAGCUCUUCGAGGCCAAGGGCACCGGCGGCCGGCCCAAGGAACUCAGCUUCGCUCGCAUCAAGGCCGUGGAGUGCGUGGAGAGCACCGGGCGCCACAUCUACUUCACGCUGGUGACCGAGGGCGGCGGCGAGAUCGACUUCCGCUGCCCCCUCGAAGACCCCGGCUGGAACGCCCAGAUCACCCUGGGUCUGGUCAAGUUCAAGAACCAGCAGGCCAUCCAGACAGUGCGGGCCCGGCAGAGCCUUGGGACUGGGACCCUCGUGUCCUAAAGCACCAGGCGUACCAUCUUACCUUCAUGCUCCCCGCUACCGUGAUGCCCAGAGGUCGUGCCAGCUUCCUUGCUCCUUGGGCUCAUGUGGCAAGGCGGAAGCCAUGGACAUGUGGAGGUGGCAUCAGAGCUGAAGGAAUGGAUGGGGCACAGGGAAGAGGGCAGAAGGCCAUGUGGGGCUGAGGAUGAAGAUUCAGCCCCUGGACACUCUCAGAUUCUCAGGACAUAUCCAGCUCAGGGUCUUCUAGCCUCAGGCCUGGACUUAUGGGUCAUGAUGGAGAGCUGGCAUCAAAGCCCCCCUCCCUGCUGUGGUCCUGUCAUCUGUUCUGCAGACUGCUGUUAGCCCCUGGCUUGUGCUAUGCCUGGAAGAGGGCUGUCCCCCAUGGGGUGCUAAGCCAAUGCCUCAGGACUCAGGAAGCGAGCCUGGUACUGAGAGGAGAAACCACCCUGGGAUGGCCCCUGGACUCACCUUGAGGAGAGAAGAGCUGCUGGGCCCAAGGCCCAAACCUGGGGGUCUCCUGCUGCUUAGGUCUUUUUGGGACCCCCACCCAUCCAGGCCUUCUUUUGCACACUUCUUCCCCCACCUUCUACCCAUCUUCCCCCCACUGCAGUGCUAGGCCUGGAGUUGGUGGGGGUGGGGGUUUGGCCAUUACCAUUUCAUGCCUAUCCCAAAAUGAAGAUGCCCUGCAAAGGGCAGUAACCACA